UAUUUAACUGCUUGAUACCCCAGCGACCACACUCUACAAGAACUAUCGCGACACAUCCUGACCCUUCCAUACCUGCAAUUUACCCAACAUGUCAACUCCCCGUUACACAUACUCCUUUCUUCGCAUCGCCAAGGACAAUGAUAUCGAGUCCUCAGCCAAAAAGUACAAACAGCUGCGCCUGCAGGCCCUAUCCGUCGCACCGGCCUCUUUCUCCUCUACCUACGAAAUCGAAUCCACCCUCACAGAUACUGAAUGGAUUAACCGCAUUGCAGCGAACGGCAAGGAAACGUUCAUAUGCGCCGCAACACCGACAGAAGAGAGCAGUCCGCCACAUCCUCGAAUAUCAGAUCAGAGCAUAUGGGUGGGCCAGGUGACGCUGCGAGGCCCGCAGAGCGCGGAAGACUUCAUCCUGCCUGAAGAAUCUGGUCAAAAGAAGCCUACGGCGGAAGGGGAAGAGGGACUGUGGCAAAUGCUCAGCUUGUUUACACUUCCCAAUCAUCGCGGCCAGGGCCUGGGCAAGAGGCUGUGUCGAGAGGCGUUAAAGUAUCUAGCGUCAUAUAGGCUGUCUCCGAGCAAGGUUUGGGUGCGGUUGAUGGUGAAGCCGGAGAAUCAUGCGACAGUGACCUUGUAUCGCGGGUUGGGGUUUGCGGAAGCCGGGAACUGCACGCUCGCCGAGGCGCUGGUUGCGAAUGGGGAUAAGGAUCUGCUACCGGAAGAUAUCAGUGGGGAGAAGUAUAGUUCGAGGAAGGGUUUGAUUAUGAUGUUGGAAAUAUGUCGCUCGUGAGCUGUUGAGAGCAGUUUAUGUUGGCGCCUUUGGGAAAAGGGGUUGACUGAGGCGAGGCUAUUGGGAUUUAUUCAUAGGAAGUCGCGACAGACUGAGAGACUGGCCGGCUGUGAUAUUGCGAGAGGAAGCGAUUCACGUGUAUUGUUUCCCAGGGUCCGUCAAAUAUUCACUAAACCUGCUGUGAUAAUACGGUCAGAGAACAGCAUUCCACUUGUCAUCGAGGCAUCAUACUUCACAAGCAAAGGCAUCAUCAUCUGAUAUCACGCAAUAGUACUUUUCAACGGUAUCUACAAUACGGUACCCCAACUCGUCUUCAAGAUUAAGGCCGGGGCUUGUACUGGACCCACCAGGCAGUCUCCACCCCGUGGCGUAGAUGUCGCUAGUCCACGCCCUUGAGCUUUCUGGUUUCGGCGGUGGAUGCCACGACGGCUGCUAUGUAUGCUGAUGUCUGAUUCGGGUUCGCCAGAGCGAAAGCAAGGCGGGG